GUUUACAUUUUCGUGGUGAAUGGCGAGCAUAGAAGCAGAGCGCUGUAUAUAACUGUUUUUAGCGCAUCAUUCAAAAUAAGCCAGCGAAAAAAUUUUCAGCCUAGUAAAGUUUACAAAAGUUAUUGAUAUGUAUUCAAAUUAUAAAAUUUUAAACAUUAAUGCGCGAGCGAGUCCGCCCCAGGAUAAAGAAUCAUUUCCCACUGUUAAACAGCCAAUUCAUGUGGGCGAAUACAGUUUGUCCGCCGAGGGCCAUUUCGAGAAUUCGCCAGCACGAAUUUGUUUUCUAAAUCAACUGCCGUUAAGCCAAUUUCCAUUUACUUUAAUCCCUAAUGUGGAAGAUAUGCAUACAAAGAAAUCUAAACCCAAGCCAAGGUAUUUGGAUAAUUUGUUUUACUUUCUACGCUGCUCGUGGGAUUCCUUCAUUAAACGGAACGUUCACGGAUUUCUUCAAUUGGAAGCGGACAUCGUUUGUAGUCGAGAAGCUUUACAGUUAAUCAUGUGCGCACCGUAUGAGUACAAAAAUAACUGGACUCUUGCAGUAAGCAAAUAUCGUAAUACGAUAUACAUAUGUCCUGUGCACAAUGCUGAACGACCUUUAUCGGUAUUCGAUGAAAAGCACUUUAAAGACUUAUUAAUGGCCAAUUGGAUGAGAACAUUGAGACAACAUUGCCUGACAGCUGGAGAUAGCUAUCAGCAAAGCAAAUUGGACGGCCAAUAUUAUUGUGUUUUCUGCAUAGAAAUUUGCGGCUUACAGGUGCUCUUCGAUGCGCCCAUUCUAGCGGAGCAUACUCCCAAUACGUUCUAUGGUUUGCCUAAAACCUUUGUGGAUCUGAAACUGCGUUUAGAUACGAUGAAUCGCACCGAAUGGUCGGCUCACAAUCGCAAUGAGGUGCUUAAAUGGUGGGUUGAAUCUUUUCUAGUUGGCAUUGAAAAAGUUUAUAUAGCUUAUCAUGAUAAGGAAGCCAAUGUGCAAAAGAUUAAACACACAACGGUGCGUGAGCUGUGGCGAGAGUGUGAGCAUGACUGGUCGCCAAACAUAUGUGGAAAUUUUCUACGACGUCUUUUGGGCAGCAUUCAAAUGCUUUUGGCCCAUGUGGACAGCGCUAGCACAGUUUAUAUCUUAGAAUACGAAGCUAAGAAUGGAAGUAUUAGCUAUAAAUAUGCAGAGGAGCGUACCGAGCACUCGUUUAUACCCGAUUGGUUUCGCUUGAUGAUGGAGGAGCGUAUGGAGCAUUUGAAUGCAGAGAUACGAUUUCAAAUAUAAGUCUUCUGCAAUUUGUAUAUAUGCUGUACUAUAUAUG